UCGGCUGUCGUCGUGGAGUCGGUGGACUACCAACAUGGCGGGCGAUGAGAAAGAAUCAAAGGAGUGUGAAAACCACGAGAAUUGUAAACCGAUUGAUAUCUUUGAAGCUGCACAAUGCGGAGAUUCCAGAAUGUGUAGGGAACUUGUUGCACAGCAUGGUGUGAAAAUCCUGAGCACACAUGACAGUCAUGGACACACGCCAUUGCAUUGGGCAGCCCUGGGUGGUUACAGCGAAGUUAUAAAAUUUUUUAUAAAUUGUGGAGUUGAAGUAAAUCAGCAGAGUCGAUCAGAUUAUGGACCUUAUCCAAUUCACUGGGCAUGUGUCAAUGGUCAUAUUUUAUGUGUGGAUCUUCUUCUUCAAAACGGGGCCUCAAUAGACUGUACCGACAACAAAGGUUGUACUCCUUUAAUUAUUACAGCACAGUAUGGAAAAGCAAUGCUGGCUGGAUACCUUAUGGGGAAAGGAGCAAAGAUAUUUCUGACAGAUCAUGAGGGUGACAAUGCUUUGCACUGGGCUUGUUUUAAAGGUCACAGCGAGGUAGUCCAGUUGCUUCUGUAUUCUGGGUUUGAUCCCAAACAGAAAGACAGGUUUAGCCAGACCCCUCUUCAUCUGGCUUGUCUUAGUGGAGACCUACUCACAGUUGAGCACAUUGUCGACAUGGAUGUUGUGUUAGAUGCUGUAGAUAGUAAUAACAAGACACCAUUAAGACUGGCCAUGGGUCGAGACCACAAGGAAAUUGUUCACUACUUACAAAGUAAACUUAAUCGUCUGGUCUCCUGCCAUAUUAGGGACAUUGUGUUUGGCCCACCUGGGAGAUCUAGAGGAGCAUUGCUAUUUUAUCUGGGAAAUCUGUUUCUCUGGGGCUAUCCUGUUUAUUUCUUUUAUGUUGUUCCAGUCUCAUGGGAUAUCCUACCUUGGGCUCAUUAUUUGUUUAUUUUCCUAAACAUUACAAUGUGGUGGGCUUUAUAUUAUGCUAAUUCUCGUGACCCAGGAUUCCUCCCCUGCCAUAGUCCAGAUUAUGACAUGGCCCUGAAACAGGUGCCGUUCUAUGAAGAGUGGCAGGUCAGGACAGGACAAAACCCUUUGGAAAACCUCUGUCACACUUGUAGACUGGUGCGACCACUGCGUGCAAAGCAUUGUAGGAUUUGUAACCGCUGUGUCAAGCAUUUUGAUCACCACUGUCCUUAUAUCAAUAACUGUGUUGGCCUCAAUAACAGGGGUCCGUUCUUCAUCUUUGUGUCAUGUGUGGCUUGGUGUAGUUUCAUCACAGUGUACUUUGCAAUCGUAAUGCUUCACUUGUAUGGAUUCAGCUGGAUAUUCCUUCUUGGUUUACUGCAGUUCAUUGUGGUAUCUGUGUUAAUGGGAGCCCUGUUUAUAUUUGUGAUGAGUCAAAUUUCAACCAACCUCACUACAAACGAAAGAAUCAACAAGAAGCGAUACGCGUAUCUGAGAGGACCGUCUGGAAUCUUUUUGAACCCUUUUGAUAGAGGAUGUCUCAAAAAUUGGUUGGAGUAUUUUCACUGGGUGGAACCAUUCGACAAGAAACCAAACCUCCUUUACAAUGUAUAACAGGGCUGGCCACUGGAUUAUGAAAAAAAAAACUUUGUUACCAUCCAUCUGAGGUCGUAGCGCAUAAAAUGGCUGGAUUUUUUUAACGACACAACUUCUGUAGAUUUCUAUCC